UCACUAUUAAUGACCAAAAUGCAUCUUCUACAAAAGAUAAGAAAUCUAUUAUUACUGAUUCCACAUCUGAACCAAUACACAGCUCAACACAGCUACAGAAAAGUAAGUCUAAAUAUAUAUUUGAAUCUCUAACAGAGUCUGUGUUAUCUAUAACGUCUUCACAACAAGAUAUUGUUGAUGACGAUCUGGCUAGUGUCCUUAAAUUCAUAGAAACAAUAUAUAAAAAAAAUGUUGCACCUACCAUUUCUCAUAAGCAAAAGAAAGAACAAGGCUUAAUUCAGGAAAUAUCUGCAGGUGAUAGCCAAGAUGAUGCAUUCACAUCCACCCAAGAUUAUGACUCUAUAUCUUCAGAAUAUGCAACUGAAAUUUUGCUGACCUUAGCAUGUGAUGCGGAAUAUGAAUCAAUAAAAGCUAAAGUAAG